AUGGGAGACAUCAAUGUGUCCGAUGGCCAGGAUGGCGCUGGCGGUGGUACCAAAAAGCAUAUUUUGAUUAACGCCUUUGAUAUGUCCACAGUAGGACAUUUGUCUCCAGGCCAGUGGAAGAACCCCAAAGAUAAAUCGGCGACAAAACGGACACUGGAGUACUGGAUCGAUCUGGCAAAGCUGCUGGAGCGCGGUGGAAUCAACGCACUUUUCCUCGCAGAUACAACCGGAGGCUAUGAUACAUAUGAGGGGAAGAUUGACGAGUGCAUCCGACGAGCAGCACAAUGGCCCGUGACAGACCCAACCAUUCCUAUCUCUGCAAUGGCCGCCGUGACCAAGAAUCUAGCUUUCGGUAUCACGGCUUCUACUUCAUUUGAACAACCAUUUCUGCUGGCAAAGCGCUUUUCGACAUUGGACCAUUUGACGAAAGGUAGAUUGGGUUGGAACAUUGUCACCUCGUACAAGAAAGCGGCCUUUAAAGCAAUUGGUCUUGAUACCCCGAUUGAACAUGACGAGCGUUACGCACAGGCCGACGAGUUCCUGAGAGUACUUUACAAGCUCUGGGAAGGAUCUUGGGCGCCAGAUGCGCUUUCGCCCAACCCAGAUGAAGACUCCUACGUUGACCCGGACAAAGUCCGUCAAAUCAAUCACAAGGGGAAGUAUUACUCACUGAAUACACGCCAUAUUGUGGAUCCAUCGCCGCAGAGAACCCCGUUUCUCUUUCAAGCAGGCACUUCACCAGCAGGCUCGGCCUUCGCAUCGACUCAUGCGGAGGCAAUCUUUGUCUCCUCACACUCACCGGAGGUCCUGCGGCCAAAGAUCGAAAAGAUCCGCCAGCUAGCAGCCGAGAAAGGUCGCGAUCCGCAGUCAAUCAAGUUCUUUGGCACUUUCACACCUAUCGUGGGACGAACCGAUGAAGAGGCCCAGGAGAAGUACGAAGAGCUGAAGAAAUAUGCUUCAGUAGUCGGCGGUCUGGUGCUCUUCAGUGGAUGGACCGGCAUUGAUAUAUCCAAGAUUCCUCUGGACCAAGAGAUCACAGCGGCAGAUUCUCUAGAAGCUAACAAGGUGACUAGUCUGCUGGAUUCACUGGUUCAAACGAGCAAGGAUAUACCGCGUUGGACGCCUCGAAUUGUUGCCGAAAAAGCUGCUAUCGGGGGACUUGGCCCUGUAGCUAUUGGAAGUCCCACGACUGUCGCAGAUGAGAUGGAACGCUGGGUUCGAGAGGCCGGCAUUGAUGGGUUUAAUAUUGGCCAUGUCUCUACGCCAGGGACGUUCGAGGACUUGAUCGACCUGGUCAUACCGGAAUUGAGAAAGCGUGGACUUUACCCAGAGCUUCCAUCGCCUUCGGAUGAGCCGCUUACGGCUCGUGAGAAGGUGUAUGGACGUGGUCAGAAGGACCUUCGUGAUGAUCACCCUGCGACUCGUUAUAAGUACGACGCGUAUCAGGAGGAACCUCCAUAUGUCGAUAAUGCAGAGCAUGCAGACAAUGUAGAAAUUGCCUAA